AUCCCGACCCUUCACAUACUCACCGACACAACUAGCUUAUCAGUGCCAAUCCAGGAGGAAGCUGGGGAUUGGAGACGGGCGAGUCAGCUACGGCAAGUUGCAGUUAUAAUAGCUUGCCAUGCCCAGUUUGCCGAGUUCUCAGUUUCCUCGACAUCCUUCGCUAAGUCUCACUAUGGAGACCUCAGACACGAAACACCGUCCCUCGGCGGAUGAGAAAAGACGUCCUAGCGACCUUGGGAUCGUUGAGACAUACACUGAAGAAGAGGAGAAGGCCCUUGUACGCAAGAUCGACACGGUUAUCCUGCCGUUUAUGUGUCUCGUUUUCCUGCUGCAGUAUCUCGACAAGCAAAGUCUCAGCUAUGCGGGCGUCUUCGGCCUCAUUGAGGAUCUCGAGCUCUCAAACUCGCAAUACUCAUGGUGCAGCUCUAUCUUUUACGUCGGCCAAUUGGUGGCUGAAUACCCGUUUAUAUACCUGAUGAGUCGUCUACCAUUGACCAAGUUUGUCGGUGUCACUGUCAUCCUCUGGGGCAUCUCAUGCACCUGUCUCGCGGCGCCCCAAAACUACGCUGGCUUCGCCGCGGUCCGCUUCCUCCUGGGCUUCACCGAAGGCGCCGUCUCCCCAGCCUUUGUCACCAUAACCUCCAUCUGGUGGCGCAAGCACGAGCACGCCUCGCGCACAGCCCUAUGGGUAAGCAUGAACGGCAUCGCCCAAACCCUCGGCUGCCUGCUCAUGUACGGCAUUGGCAAAAACACCACUCGCGCCCUGGCACCCUGGCGCACCCUCUUCCUCAUAUGCGGCAUCAUCACCACCGCCUCAGGAGUCGGCUUUUUCACACUCAUGCCCUCCGGCCCCUCAGACGCCUGGUUCCUCUCACCGCGCGAGAAGCACGUCCUCUCCCUCCGCAUGGCCAAGGACCGUGAAGGCGGCGAUAAGACCUCCUUCUCGCUCCCGCAGCUGAAGGAGACAAUGCUCGACCCCAAGGCCUGGUGCGUCUUUUGGUUCGGCGUGCUGGUUACAAUGCAGUCUCCCGUUCUAACCUUCGCUACCCUCGUCAUCAAUUCAAUCGGAUACACCCAGCUCCAGACAAUGCUGUAUACUGCGCCCUCCGGCGCCGUCCAGGUUGGCCUGCUCUGGGUCGGCUUGAUAUUAUGCUAUAUCUUCCCGCGCCAGCGCACCCUCGUCGUCCUGCUCCUCUGUAUCCCGCCAAUCGUUGGUACAAUCCUCAUGCUAGUCCUCCCACUUAGUUCAGGCUGGGCGCUAAUCGGCGCCGCAUGGCUGGCCUCCUGCAUAAGCGCCUCAAUGUCUGUGUUACUAUCCCUAGUUGCCUCGAACGUAAAAGGCAACACGAAGCGCGCGAUCGUCAACGCCAUGUUCUUCAUCGGCUACUGCGCCGGCUGCAUUGCGUCGCCGCAGCUGUGGACCAAUCGGCCCAAGUACCUGGAGGGCUUGAUCACGGCACUUGUUACGUGGGGGCUGCUUAUUUUCACGACGGUGGUUUAUCGGCUGCUUUGUAUGCGGGAUAAUAAGGGAAGAGAAAGGGAAGCUACUGGUAUUAGUGGUGGGAGUGGGUUGGAGAGUGGGUUGGAGAGUGCGGGAGUAGGCCACGGGCAGGAGUUGGAUAUGAAUGGGUCGCCGUAUACCGAUCUGACGGAUAAGCAAGAUAGGGCGUUUAGGUAUAGCUGGUAGAAUGGUUUUGAAAACAAAACCACAGGGCGGGUUUAAUAGUUAACCAUAUGAAUGGCUUUUGCAACAAAAGAGCGGUGUCCUAGGCUGCUCUUCAUUAUCAAUAUCUAACGUAAGAGCGACAUAUGUAAAGGAAACGUAGACAAACAAAAUUUUUCUUAUCUACCCCCCUCAAGACAAUUACAAACAUGAACGGAGGUGAGUAUAUACAGAGAAGAGAGACCGGAACACGAGAGUGGCGGCGGCCGACAUGAACAAAAAAAAAGAAAACCCAAGUUGUCCGAAAGCGCCAGGCUAAAGAAAUCCCAACCUUGAUGCGAAGUUGUCUAUUAAAAACAGAAAGAAAGGAACAGUGUAGUACAUCGCCACCCACAGACGCCGGACACACCCCGG